AUGGCGAUCAAAGUUGUUCGCGCUUGCAUAAUACCUGGAUCAGUUGUUGUGGAUGUUGUUGAUGUUGUUGUGGGUGUGGUCGUGGUUGUUGUUGUAGGUGUGGUCGUGGGUGUUGUUGUUGGUGUUGUUGUAGGUGUGGUCGUGGGUGUUGUUGUGGGUGUUGUCGUGGGUGUUGUUGAGGGUGUUGUCGUUGGUGUUGUUGUUGUUGGUGUUGUCGUUGGUGUUGUCGUUGGUGUUGUUGUUGUUGGUGUUGUCGUUGGUGUUGUUGUGGGUGUUGUUGUUGGUGUGGUUGUGGGUGUUGUCGUGGGUGUUGUUGUUGGUGAUGUUGUGGGUGUUGUCGUGGGUGUUGUUGUUGGUUUGGUUGUUGCUGUUGUUGUGGGUGGUAAAGUGGUUGGUUUUACAACACAAUAUAUCUUGACUCUCCAUCUACCACGUUUACACAGUGUUUUCACUUUCAUCUCAAACCCAUCAGAACACACGAAGGUUCCCCUGCAUCUUCUACUAUAG